AGGCUGAAGUUUGAAGGCGAGAACAUUCCAGGCAGCUCUGGGUCUUCAGGAGCACGCCGGCUUUACUCCACACACAGAGACCACCCGAGACCACCACAGACCUUCAUAAACAUCCACAAACAUGUCCAACCCAGCCCCCGCCAGCAAGCCGAGCAGUGCGGAGAACCCCCGGGUUUAUUUUGAUGUAGAUAUCGGGGGAGAGAGAGUUGGUCGUGUGGUCUUCGAGCUCUUCGCCGAUGUUGUUCCCAAAACGGCGGAGAAUUUCCGGGCUCUGUGUACCGGAGAGAAGGGCACGGGGAAAAGCACCGGGAAACCCCUGCACUUCAAAGGCUGCCCCUUCCACCGGAUCAUCAAAAAGUUCAUGGUGCAGGGAGGAGAUUUCUCUAAUCAGAACGGCACUGGAGGAGAGAGCAUCUACGGGGACAAAUUUGAAGAUGAAAACUUCCACUAUAAGCACGACAAAGAGGGGCUCCUCAGCAUGGCUAAUGCUGGGCCCAACACCAACGGUUCGCAGUUCUUCAUCACCACUGUGCCCACCCCUCACCUGGACGGCAAGCAUGUGGUCUUUGGGCAGGUGCUGAAGGGAAUGGGUGUGGUCAAGAUCCUGGAGGGGAUUGAAACAAAUGAGGAUACUCCUGUGAAGCCAUGUGUCAUUGCUGAGUGUGGAGAGCAUAAGGCAGGUGAUGACUGGGGCGUGGCACCUGAUGAUGGCUCCGGGGAUGUGCACCCAGAUUUCCCUGAGGAUUCAGACUUUGAUUUUAAAGAUGUUGAUAAAAUCCUGUCUGUGGCAGAAGAUGUCAAAAACAUCGGAAAUAACUUUUUCAAGGCCCAGAAUUGGCAAGCAGCUAUUAAGAAGUAUUCCAAAGCUCUCAGGUAUUUAGAAGUAUGUGGCGACACACUGGAUGACGAGAGCGCCCAAAAGAAGCUGGAGCCCACGGCACUGAGCUGUAUUCUCAAUAUGGCGGCCUGCAAGCUCAAAACGCAGCAGUGGCAAGAGGCUAUAGAGAGCUGUGAUGAGGCUUUGGAGCUGAAUCAGACCCACGCUAAAGCUCUGUUCAGGAGAGCGCAGGCCUGGCAGGGCCUGAAGGAGUACAGUAAGGCCAUGAUUGAUCUGAAGAAAGCCCAGGAGGUUGCACCAGAAGACAAAGCUAUUGCAAAUGAGAUGCUGAAGGUGAAGCAGAAAGUGAAGGAGGAAAAGGAGCAGGAAAAGAAAAUCUAUGCCAAAAUGUUUGCGUAAAGGAACCUGCGGUGGCCUCGAGAAAUAUGGAUCUAGGUUCAUGAUCUCAUGUUUUUGCCUAUGGUUCACAAUUCAGUUUAGUGAGAAGAGUCAGAGGCAGGGAUUUGUUCACUUUAGAAUCAUUAAUUAAACAGUUUACAGGAGAAAACAGGGACUCUGAUCUAUUGAGAGAACAAUACUUGAAUAUGUUGUGUGUGUGUGAUAAUUUUGAUGCAUUUUAAAUAGAAAGAUCUGAUGUCCUUGGUGUGACAUUACACUGUUGUAUAAAUGCUCAGUGAGAGAGAAAGCAGGCUGACCUUUAAAACUCUGUAUUUAUUUGUCUUAUAACUGUGCAGUUCAUUCUUUGGAUCGAUUUAAGAGUAUUAACGGAAACGUGUUUCUGGAAUGUUCUCAUCGGGUCACUGUAAUAAAGUCCCAUUCUCACACCAAAA